AAGAAGCAGUAUGAACCACCUAGGUACAUGACAAUAAAGAUUGCCAUUGAGCAGCUCCUGGAAGUUGUGCAAGCAAAAGUAGAAUUUGUCUGCAAUGAAGACACAGAGUGUGUUGGUUUUGCUAGAAUUGGAAGAUCAGAUCAGAUCAUUGUGGCUGGUACAAUGAAGCAACUUCAAUUGCAUGUUUUUUUCCUAUCAAAUAGUACUGUAGGAGUGUGCAACUACUCAAAUUUUGACGUGUUAUUAUGUAAAAAAUUAAACUCUUCAAUAUUUUGUGCUGAAAGUAGUAACUUUUCAAUAUGUUGAAUAUUUAAGACUACUUAAAUACUUAAAGAACAUUUUGUUGUUGA